AAGGCGGGUGUCACGUCGGCAGUUGGACCAUACAAAUCCCCUACAAGACAUCGAUAUCCAUGAGAGGUCCUAAAGUCCUGCUACAAUCAUCUAAAGUCAGGGACGACAAUGGGCGAUCCUAAACAGCCUGAAUUCCGAAAGACUCCUGCCGUCCUGCUUCCCUCCAAGUCUGAGCUGACUCAGAUAUCAGACGACCUCCGCCUGAAGUGCAGCGAGGAGGAAAUAGACGGAUUCCGUGAGUAUUUCAAGGGCACUAUGAAAGUUUAUCAGCGGAUCCAGGAAAUCCCAGAACCACAACUUCCGGUCAAGUAUCCAAGGACACCUGGUCACAAAGAAACAAAAGAUAAUUCCUGGUAUUGGCGAUGUGACAUCAAGGGUGCCGAUACUGGUAAACUGACCGGUAAAACUAUAGGGGUCAAGGACAAUGUAGCCGUGGCUGGAGUUCCCAUGAUGAAUGGUAACAGACAACUAGAGGGAUACACCCCGGAGUUCGACGCUACAAUCAUUACGAGGAUGUUAGACGCUGGCGGGCGUAUCGUUGGCAAGACAACAUGUGAGGAUAUGUGUUUGUCUGGAACGUCAUGGACUUCCUCUUCAGGACCAAUCCCGAACCCGUACUGUCCCACUCGAGCGACGGGAGGGUCCAGUAGCGGUUCCGCUUCUCUGGUCGCUCGAGGAGAGAUAGACAUGGCAAUCGGCGCUGACCAGGGAGGCUCUAUCCGUAUUCCAUGCAGCUGGUGUGGGAUAGUGGGAUUCAAACCAACAUUUGGACUCAUACCCUACACAGGGGCCGUACCUAUAGAAAUGACUGUGGACCAUCUCGGUCCAAUGACGCGUACAGUGGCGGAUUGUGCCCUUCUACUCGAGGUGCUAGCGGGAUAUGAUGACGGGACAGACCCCCGACAACCACCAAACAUCGUAGUUCCUCCCUACUCAACCCUACUCACGAAGGGCGUGGAAGGUAAACGAGUCGGCAUCCUGACAGAAGGUUUUGACGGAGUGGACUAUGACGUUUCGAAAUGUGUCAGAGAGGCAGCUUACAGACUCCGAGAGUCGGGGGUCGUGGUAGAGGAGGUGUCCAUACCACUGCAUACUGACGGGUUGGGGUUAUGGAUUCCAAUAAGUUACGAAGGAGCCUAUAACAUGAUGUUUAAAGGAAAUGGGAAUGGAGAGAACUGGAAGGGACAUUACUGCACUUCCAUGCAAGAAGCCUUAGCCCGAGGGUUCAACCUCCGCCCGCACGACAUCAGUAUCGUUUGUAAAAUGCAGUCUGUUCUUUCCGAGUACAUGGUCAGAAACUACCAGAACAAAUUCUACGCCAAAGCCCAGAACAUCAAUCGUCUGCUCACCAAGGCGUACGACCAAGCGCUACAGACAUACGACAUUCUAGUUAUGCCAACACUGCCUUGUACAGCCAAUGAGCUACCCACAACUGACAGACCCGUGUUAGACACUCUUCGCCUAACUCUUGGAAUGAUGAAGAACACGGCUCCAUUUGACGCCACCGGACAUCCGGCCUUGACCGUCAACGCCGGAAGUUGUGAAGGGCUUCCAGUCGGAAUAAUGUUCGUUGGCCGCAGCUUCGAUGACCUUAUGGUCUUGCAAAUGGCGCAUGCCUUUGAACAAAUCAGGGACCAACCGUCUUAAACUGCAUGCAACGUUUGAAUAGCAUGACCCAUGUCGUCGCAGUAAGAUUAUCUGUAGACAACAUAGGUACGCCACAUUAUUUAGUGAAUUAAUAAUGGAAAUUUGAACUGAUAGAAAAUGGGUAUCAUUUAUCACUAGAUAUUUACUUAACGAACAAUAUAUUUAUUUAGUCAGUUGUUAAUGCAUCUGUGACUCUGGUCGUAUCCACACUGAAGCCAACUGUUUUACUGACUAUAAAACUGUACAGUCAAAUAAUAUGUACAUUAUAUUGUAUAAGGGGUAUAAAGGCAAUGCUGUUAUUGAUAAUGGACACACAAUCUAAAAUAAUGAUUUUAUCAAAAUAACUGUUUGUUUAAUAAAAGUUUAAUGGAAACGCGUGAUUUUUUCCUAAAAUUAAAUGUUUUGUCCAUCAUUUUUUUUUUUUUUUUUUAGUUAUAUGUUUGUAUUGGAA